CGAUCCCCCCACACAUCGGACACCGGCACGCCACUGCACCCUUGCCUUGGGAGGAAGACGCGCGCCACCAUGACCCUAGCGGCCGCGGCGGAGGCGCCGGCGCCGACCCAUGCGUUCGCGAUCGCGGCAGAGGAGGUGGCAAUGGAGCCGCUGUCGACGGCGACGGCUCCGGCGGCCAUGGAGGAGGAGUCCAGUAGUAGUGGCGGCGGCGGCGGGGUAGGGGAGCGACGGUCGCGGUUCCGCCGGAUCUGCGUCUACUGCGGCAGCGCCAAGGGGAAGAAGCCCAGCUACCAGGACGCCGCCGUCGACCUCGGCAAGGAGCUGGUGGAGAGGGGCAUAGACCUGGUCUACGGGGGUGGAUCCAUCGGACUCAUGGGCCUGGUCUCGCAUGCAGUUCAUGCUGGAGGUCGCCAUGUCAUUGGGAUCAUUCCAAAAUCUCUGAUGCCCAGAGAGGUAACUGGAGAACCUGUAGGGGAAGUUAGAGCCGUUUCUGGUAUGCACGAGAGGAAGGCCGAGAUGGCUCGGUUUGCUGAUGCUUUUAUUGCUCUACCAGGUGGCUAUGGAACCUUGGAGGAGUUGCUUGAGGUCAUUACUUGGGCACAACUUGGAAUCCAUAAGAAGCCGGUUGGUCUUUUGAAUGUUGACGGAUUCUACAACCCUCUUCUAUCGUUUAUCGACUUGGCUGUUAAUGAAGGCUUCAUCACCGAGGAGGCUAGGCGCAUCAUCAUCUCCGCUCCAACAGCCAAGGAGCUAGUUAUGAAAUUGGAGGACUAUGUCCCCGAGUAUAGCAUUGGCUUGGUUUGGGAGGACCAGAACCAGAAGCAAAAUAACUUGGUCCCUGAGCUGGACUCCGGGAUCACAUCAUCCUGAUCGGUCUUCCAGCUUGCAUCUCGUAGGAUCCUAACCUCUCAGCUUGUCGAAGCGGCAAAUAUUUAUUGUUCUAACCAAAGGGUAAUGUGGGUGCGUUGAUCUCAUGUACUGGUGCUAUUGAUGAUUGUUUUGGACUUUUGGUAGCAUAACAUGGUUAGCGAGCUAAGCAGUUCAGUGCUGUAGAUCUUAUUUUGACCCUGGAAGAAAUUCAUAUAGCAGUAUAUAAUUUAUCCAACCAAAGCUAUGUCCCGUAUUGCCCUUGUGUUUUGCAUGCGUAUUCUGUAGAUAGCUAGGAGUAUCAAAUUGUGCACAAGAGGUUUGUAACGAGCUCAGCUGGGCGAUCGCAAACGCUAACAUCGUAAAAAUGCACCAGGAUCGGCAUUUGGCAAAGCCUGUUUGGCUAGCAAGGUCUUUUGACUUGUGGCCAGUCAACUUCAUGCCCAAUAUUGAUCCUUGCGAGUUGCCAGUUCGCAGAGGGCAAACUGCUUCAACUGACACAGCAAAAAUGGGUACUACCUCCCUCCCAAAAAUGUUGCUACCUAGGAUAGGAUUUGACCGUUAAAUCCCAUCCUAGAUAGUAAAAUUUUGGGACGGAGAAAGUAGUAGUUGGUUUUGUCUCACCUUAAUGUUCUGUAUUCUUAGGCCUACUGCCCUGCUGUAGCUGUAACACUCCCAGAAUUCUUUUCAGAUGUUUGAGCUACGGCCAUUAUUAAGAAAGCAAUUUCGCCAA